UGGGGCGGCCCUGGGGGGGCGAGGGGCCAGAGGUCAGGGAAGCUGAGGCCCUGGUUGACAGGUGGGGCCAGCGUGGAGCGGGGGUGUCGGCCGGGGUCUAGCGACGGUGGAGCAGGGGGCAUGCGGUGCUCACUGAGGGUGUGGGUGCUGCUGGGCUCCCUGGGCCUGGUCUUUCUCACCUCCCUCUUCUUCUCCAUCUCCCUGAGGGGGGGCGUCGGCCUGCCCUACCUGGACCCACCCGGAUGGGAGGAGUCUCGCCGAGUUAAACUAGUGCCCAACUAUGCUGGUGCCCACCAGCUAAGCCCUCUUGAGGGCACCCAGCAGGAGAAGACAUGUGCCUGCCCCCGCUGUGUGGGAGACCCUGGGGUGUCGGACUGGUUUGAUGAGAACUACGACCCGGACAUUUCCCCCGUGUGGACACGGGACAACAUCCAGCUGCCUUCAGAUGUCUACUAUUGGUGGGUGAUGCUGCAGCCUCAGUUCAAGCCCCACACUAUCCAGCAGGUGUUGCUGCGGCUGUUCCAGGUGAUCCCAGGCCGCUCCCCCUACGGCUCUUGGGACCCCGCCCGCUGCCUGCGCUGUGCAGUGGUGGGGAACUCAGGCAACAUGCGUGGGGCUGGGUAUGGGCCCACCAUAGACGGCCACAACUACAUCAUGAGGAUCAACCUGGCUCCCACGGUGGGCUAUGAGGAGGAUGCAGGCAGCCACACCACUCACCACUUCAUGUACCCAGAGAGUGCCAAGAACCUGGCAGCCAAUGUCAGCUUCGUCCUGGUGCCCUUCAAGACCCUGGACCUGCUGUGGAUCACCAGCGCACUCUCCACUGGACAGAUCCGCUUUACCUACGCCCCUGUGAAGCAGUUUCUACGGGUGGACAAAGACAAGGUUCAGAUUUUUAACCCAGCCUUCUUCAAGUACAUCCAUGACCGCUGGACCAGGCACCACGGACGCUACCCCUCCACAGGCAUGCUGGUUCUGUUCUUCGCUCUGCACGUGUGUGACGAAGUGAAUGUUUUUGGCUUUGGCGCUGACAGUCGAGGCAACUGGCACCAUUAUUGGGAGCAGAACCGCUACUCUGGAGAGUUCCGGAAAACAGGGGUACAUGAUGCAGACUACGAGGCCCAGAUCAUUGAUUCGCUGGCGAAGGCCGGAAAGAUCACAGUUUUUCCAGGAAAGUGAAGGCUGGCGGUGUGGUGGGCUGGCUUACAGGAACACUAGAGUAACCAUCACCACCAUCUUUAUGUGCUUAGUUAUCUGUUUCUUUGUGAUUUGCAUAGAGAGGGUUCCAUAACACUAGAUCAUACAUUGCCUGAUGACCCUGUUCCCAUUGUGCAGGAGGGUAAGAUGCUGAUGGUUGUGAGUGGAACUACAUGUGACUACACACUCUGCCCCCAACAGGCCUACCUCCAUAGCCUUCAGCCCUGAGGAGAAAUGAACAGUCAGAACUAUAGGAAUAAUGUAGUGGGGGCGGAGAAGUCUGGCCUAGCCACUGUAUGGACCUGUGAACCAGUCCCAUCCACUAUCCCACCUCCUGCUCAUCCGCAAGGGGUUGAGUCAUCACACGCCUUAGGGGUCUCACACCCAGAGACUCAGCCCCCCUCCCACUCUGUAGCCACCACCCUAAAUGUCAUGGCAACAAGUGACGGACACUGAUCUACCCCUGCCGUGUUCACACCCACCUGUAUAGCUGCUGUUAAAGCCCCCUUGCCCCUCGGAGCUGGGAGUACUAGGUAGUUGAAGUUUACGUGGUUGGAAGCCCAGAGGCUUACUGUUGUAAUUAUAUGACCAUCAUGUUGAAGGUAUGUACGGCCCACAGGGAUUUGACCACAUAUACAGUAUUAACCGUUUGAUUUGUUUUAACCAUUUUAAGUGACUAAUCAUCCUGCUAAUUAGGUGGAUCGGGGAGAGGCUUACACAUGGUCAACAACAACUCAAGCAGACAUAUCGUGAUAAGACUAACACUACUCACUCAUUAACAUACACACACACUCUUCCACACAUACACCGUUCACACAAUGUUCUUGGUCAUUUAGAGCUAAUACCACUAAGUAUAGGACUGAGUACAAAGAGCUCACACUAAAAUGACCUGCUGCCUCCUGCUGCCUAUUAAGGGAUACUGCAUCACUCUGAGGCCCAUACAUUAUAUGUACAUAGGACAAACUGAAGGCUGCCUCCUCUGUGUCUAAUGAUGGCCACUUGAUAAUGGUAAGUAAUAUGGCACAACAUAACUAACCCGACUGCUAUUAGAAAAUGCCACUAUAUUUUCAGAUCAGAGUUUAGGAACUCUAAAAUGGUAGGUAGCUUAGCGGGUAGUCUAGGCAGGUAGUCUAGCAAUUAAGAGUGUCGGACAGUAACUGAAAGGUUGCUGGUUCAAAUCCCUGAGCUGACUCGGUUAGAAAUCUGUCUGUGCUCUUGAGCAACACACUUAACCCUGUUGCUUUUGUAAGUAGCUCUGGAUAAGGGCGUGUGCUAGUUUAGUUAAAUGUAAAAACUGUCUUUAGUCCUGGCUGCAGUAGAUAUAAGCCAGUUUGGCAAUGUGACAUUCAGUUAAGGAUUUCUGCUGUUGUGUAAUCCUAUGAUGAUAUCAUAAAUAUGGUAUAUACCAUUAUGUACUGUAUGAUAUACUUGUAUUAUAUCUAUCCUUUGCACAUCAUGGAGUUCUUAUCUGACACUCCGACAUUGAGUUGGGCAGAUCACUGUAACUGAUUCCUAUACAUACUCAUUUCUGUGUAUCUCUACCUGACACACAUACUUUAAGGAUAUCUACGGAGUGCCAGUGAGUUUUUAUCAGACCUCACUCCUUACUAGUGUGUGUGAGAGUGAGUGCUGUAAACAAAAUUGUGUGAUUUACUUAGUGUUGUCAAAGUGAGAUUUUCAGUUAGACCCCUCUCAUAACAAAAUAGACACAUAUCAGAAAUUUACAGCAAUGUGACAACACACACACACAUCCAUGCUUGCGUGCCUUGUCCCAGUGUUGGACAUACCUUUCCUGCAGUGCACCAUAAACCUCAGUACACGUGUGCUACCUUAAGCUUGAUUUAGUCUGCACAGGACAUUCACACAAACCCAAAGCCCCUUAUACUAUGGGUACUGCUAUUGUGAUCAUAACAGCGUGUCAGCCAUGUCUCUUACACACAUACACAUAUUCUGAGGGCUUCAAAUGUCUUCUCUGACUUAGACCAUACACCUUAUAUUAUACCCACUCCCUCUGGUCUCGCCUGGCUGAGAGCUGUGCCUUCUGGACCCAUAUGAUUCACUCUGCCUUUCUCUUGGAGACACGUAGAGAGGCUUCCUUUAUGCGGUUGCUUUUUAAACAACUCAUUAUCUAGAGAUGAAAGAAAAUCAAUUCUUAUCUGUGACUAGAAAUGGGUAAAGUUGAUGAUUAUGUUUGUAUUCAUUUGCUCUUCUCAAGCAGUGUUUUGCCAUUGUGUCUGUGAUUCGUAUCUGCUGAGGUAUCGUGUUCAAGAUGACAGCCGAUGGCAUUGUGUCUAGUGGUUAAAACAUGUCUCCACCUUAUGUCUGUGUUUUACAUGGAAUGUUUCUUAGUAAGUAUACCCAACACUUUCCUGGGUGAUCCUACUGACUACGCCAGAAAUAAAAUGUGCAAUACAUACUCAAAGAGAAUCAAACACAAUGGAUAUUGUUCUAAUGAUUGGACAUAACUUUAAUUCCGUUACUCCCAAUUACUUUUGUAAUAACUGUUUAUACAACAGGACAAUACCCAUAUCUACUGUAUCAAUAAAGCUAGCACAUUGAAGCUGAACGCCACGUUUUAGCUCAAAGUGCAUAAGGAUACAGUAUGUUCCCCAAUAUGUUGUUUGAUUGCUGUGUACACUGUGGGAAACUGACUGUGUAAAAGGUGAGAAAUCCCUUUCAACUCUGCUGUCCCUGAUAGUAUUAUUCCGUAAUGGAUAGUUUUGAAUGUAUUUGAGUUCAUCGGGUCUGGCUUGAGUGGCUUCUAGUGAUAACUGAAUGGUCUCUUAUGAAGCAUCUAUGCUGUUGCAGUGUUUUUCUGGUUUCAUCUCCAGCUCUUCAUUAGAGGUCUCUUGUGCACAACAAUAUAUACCGACAACAGACUGAUGGUCCCAUCAGUGUUACUAUCAUUAUUACCAAUAGAAUCCUCAUUAGUAUUAUGACUGUCAUUGGUUGUAAGCACUCGCUCCUUACUACUUAAAACCUCAGUGUGUGUGAUGGACUGUUUUUAAUCACAUGCUGUUGUGAAAAUAAAAGCAACAUGA